AUGAAAUCACUGCUGGGAAUGAUCCUACCACUCCUGGUGGAAGCCAGCAUGUUGAGGAUGGCUGUAGCGACAGAGUGUUCCUCUCCUCUUGGAAUGGAAUCAAGAUCCAUUGCAGACAAUCGGCUCUCUGCUUCGUCGUCAUAUAACGAUGACUGGCGCCCGAAAAGUGCACGUCUUAACAAUAACAGAUCUUGGUCCCCAGACAACAACAAUAGGAGCGAAUGGCUACAGAUUGACCUGCUGGAGAGGAAAGUUGUAUCAGGAAUUCAAACGCAGGGAUUUCAGAGCCCUUGGUCUUUGCGACGGUACUAUGUGACAUCUUUCAAGCUUUCAUACUCUGCCGAUGCGACGACUUGGAGCAUUUUUCAGGAGAAUGGAUCAGACAAAAUCUUUGUAGGGAACAGCAACGUAUAUGACGUGAAGGAGAACGACAUUGACCCACCAAUAAGGGCACGGUUUAUCAGACUGAUGGCCGAAACAUGGUCGACCUACAUCACGAUUCGUCUGGAACUCCUGGGGUGCGAGAUACAAGGCGCCAUCAUAGGCGGUGUUGGGGUCGUCAUCCUCAUCAUAGUCAUCAUUGUCUCCAUGUUUUGUAUAUUUGACGGUAACAGCAACGCAAAUGGCAUAAAGGAGAACAACAUUGACCCACCAAUAAGGGCACGGUUUAUCAGACUGAUGGCAGAAACAUGGCGGUACGACAUCACGGUUCGUCUGGAGCUUCUGGGGUGCGAGAUACAAGGUACGAAGUUGUGGAAUGAGUUGCGAGAACUUUGGACGAUUGGCUGA